UGCACGCUGCCACUUCCGGCUUGUAAAUAGCUCAGGCAACGAAAAUUAAUAAACUCAGAUCAAACUAAUCAUCAUCCGCUUAAUUGUAAUUCUGUUUAUAACAGUCAUCUUUAUUAAUAUAAAAGUUACUGAGAGGAAAAGAGAUCGAGUCGGGGGGAGCUGACUAUGGUGUAAACGGGGCAGUUUAUUGACUCGGCAGGUGUAUGUGUGUGCAUGUUGGUCUGCUGGUAUGUUGACGUUAGCCAAUAAGCUGAAGAAGGAGGAGGGGGUGAGGGCUGGUCGGGCCCCUACAGGAUCUAACGAUGCCGCUCAUAGAGUGUCAAUCAGAGACCGGCUUCUCAUCAAAGAGGUUGCAGAACUUGAGACCAAUCUUCCAAAUACUUGUAAAGUUACAUUUCCUGAUGAAAACAAACUAUGUCACUUCCAUUUGGCAAUUUCUCCAGAUGAAGGCUAUUACCUGGGAGGAAAGUUCCAGUUUGAGAUCGAAGUUCCUGAAGCUUAUAAUAUGGUGCCUCCCAAAGUCAAGUGCUUGACUAGAAUAUGGCACCCAAACAUAGCAGAGACCGGCGAGAUCUGUCUGAGUUUAUUGCGAGAACAUUCAAUUGAUGGUACUGGCUGGGCACCGACACGCACACUAAAGGAUGUAGUAUGGGGAUUGAAUUCACUGUUCACUGAUCUUCUUAACUUCGAUGACCCACUGAAUAUAGAUGCAGCAGAGCAUCAUUUACGGGACAAGGAGGACUUCAGGAGCAAAGUUCAGGACUUCAUCAAAAACUAUGCAAGAUGAUGUCUCUGUUUGCCACGCAAGCAACUCUCACAUGCAUGUGACUUUGCAGAUGCACGCCGACCCCGUGUAUCCCGACUGCAACAGAGACAAAAUCUGAAACUUUUCAGACAUACUUGGGGAGCGAAGAAAGUUAUAGUGCGCAAUGAAUGAUGCCUCAAGUCCCUGAUGAAGAUUUGGUGGGGAAUCGUGGGCUUUUCCACAGCUGAUGCUCUUGUAGGUUCUUCUCAAUCAAGUUUGCUUUUAAUUCCCCCUUAAAAAAAAGAAAUGAAGAAAAUAGUACAAAGAGGGUGAUUAUGACUAUGAGGAUGUAUGUCACCUCCAAUGCUAGUGCCUCUGUGUUUUUGCCACAUAUAACUGGAAAACAUGUUUUAAGCCAACUUCCACUGCAGUUCGCUUCUUCUCGAAACUUGACAACCUACAGAGAUGCAUUCUUUCAUAAGUGAUGUCAGAGAUAUCCCAAAGUUCAUUAGCUUGUUCACGCUGGGGGAGGAGCCCCACACUGCUCGUACCACCAAUCAGAGGAAUCUCAAACUUUGCAAAGCACUGAUGUCCCACAGAAUACGUUCUUCGUUGGGGUAUUCUGUAAAGCCAUUUCUCAUAACUCAGAACCUUCUCUUGUGUAAAAUCUCCGCAUUUAUCAGACUACUUCACAUUACACGUGCACACACGCCAAUAUCAGAAUAUCUGCAGGUGCCUGUGAAUGAGUAUUAAACAUUUUUCAAUUAAGAUCUGUGAGUCAUUAAAGGGUGAAUCUCACAAAAACAUGGCCAGGUCAUUUUUCACACCAGAAUCAAAAGAAAAAAUUAUAUUUCGAAUUAGGAAAAUGUAACAUUUUAGGGACCAUUAAGAUUUUUGCAAUUAUUUUUCCAAAUUUGUAUUACUGUAAUUCGUACAUUUAAUUUUUAGUGUUGUCAUUUCAUUUUUCUUAAUGGUGCUUGUCAAUAGAUUCUCAUUACUGUAAUACAGUAUUUCUUAUUUAUAGUAAAAAAAAAAAAAAAAAAAACUUAAAUCAGCGUAAAUUUAAGAAUACACAAAUAUACGAACAUGAUGUAUAAAUACUUUCAAAUAUAUCAUUAUUUCUUGCAUUACAGUAAUGAGAAUUAUGAAGGGGUAACAUUUGCUCAAUUGCCAUAUAAAUAAUGGCAAAAUGCAAAAAACUAAAAUUCUUAAAUGGUAAAAAAAAAACCUUUAAUUUUCUUUAUACAAAAUAUAAUAUAUUCCUUUUAAUUUUGUAUGAAAUAAAACCUGGACAUAUUCUUGACUGGGAGAUUCACCAUGCUUUUGUAUGUAUUUCUUUCAGUAUAACACGUUCUGCUUUACCGAUGUGUGCACAUGUAAAAUAAUACUUGUAUGCUAUUAUUGUGUUUGUGUGUGUGUGCGUGCGUGAGAGAGAGAGAGAGAGACAUGUUGAAUAUAUGAGUUGAAUACAUGUCUGACUUUGGUAGCAUGCACUGGGCUACUGAACAGCUCAGCCAGAAAAGCCUGUUAAAUUAGUGAGGAUUUACUUUAAUUUGUUACUCUCUCUUUCAAGGUGUAUAUCCAUUUGUAAAGUAUAUUAAAGAGGAAUUCUACCACUUAAGGUUUUGGACAUAUUUGUAUGUGUGCUUGACCGUUAUGAUUGAUUGUGUCUGAAAACCUUGUGUGCUACCUACUUGAGCUGUAUAUUUGGGUCUCAUAGAGUGUCCCCAAAAAAAUGCUUAGACACUUAAGACAUGCCUAAUAAUGUAUGAAUGCCAUUGCAUUAGAUAUCAAACCAAAUA